GGCUCUAGCGAGCUCUGGCUAUGGCGAUGGCGGAGAGGAGGCGGAUUUCGAUCGAUUGGUGAGUCUUGCGCGAUGGAGUUCUGCUCGGAGCUCAUGUCUGUGGCGGCGAUCCAGCAAGGGUUUUCGGUGUCGCACAGAUCGCGGCUGCUGAGUAGCAUCGGGCACAGGGGAUCGGCGCUGAGGCCGCAGCGCUGCUGCCGGCGCUUGAAAUGCGAGGGCUCGGGCAGCGCCAGCUCGUCGUCGGCGGGCGAGAGCGAUGAUGAUGAGAAGAAGGGGGAGAGUUCGUCGGCUGUUAAGAGUGCAUUGAAGACCCUGGAUUCAUACUUCGACAUGCUUGAGACGAAGAAGAAGAAAUCGAGCACGGCUUCCCGGGAGGAGGAGGAGGAGCCUUUAAGUUCUUUACGAGAAGCAGCGGCGAUUUCCGUGGAGUCUGGCGGAUUGCAGAAGCAAGAGCACGAUCCAGCGAAAGAAAUUCACAGCCACGCUAGUGGUACUGAUAAGUUGAAGUCACUACAGGACGAGUACGCUUUGAAGGAGGAGCUGCUCCUGACAGUACUCAAGGAGUUUGAGCAAGCCGAAUCCAAAGAGAAGGAGGAGGCAUCGGCAGCCGCAGCAGUGAAAGAAGAUCGUGGGAGUGAGUUUGAGUUGGAUCCCAACAAUGAAGAAACUCCUCUGGUCGUGCUGAAUACCACCAGUGAUGAGACCAGCAAAGAAGUGCCUUUGCUCCUCAUGCGACGGGGAUCCAUUGUGGUGUCGACCAUUGUGGGGAUAAACAUUGGUGUCUACAUUUUCGGCCUUGCGACGACCCAGCAAACAGAAAACGGCAUGGAUCUGGCAUUCUUGCAAGGAGCAAAAGUGAACGAUCUCAUUGUCGCCGGAGAAUGGUGGAGGCUGAUAACUCCAACUUUCCUGCACUCGGGCCUGUUGCACCUCUUCCUCAGCUGCUGGGCGACGAUAUCCUUUGGCCCACUCGUGGAGAGCCUCUACGGCUCCAUAGGACUCGUCCUGAUUUACCUCCUGGGCGGUGCCAUGGGCAACGUGGCGAGCUUUCUCCAGACGUCGCAGCCAACAGUGGGAGGAACCGGCGCGGUGUUUGCCAUGAUCUGCAGCUGGAUCAUCUUCCUCGUCAAGAACAAGGAGGCCGUGCGAACGUUUGACACCGGCGAGCUCUUGCAAAAGGUCCUGGUGCUUAGCGGGCUGACCGUGCUGGUGGGGAACGAGCUCCCGGUGGAUGCCUGGACUCACGUCGGUGGCGCGCUGGUGGGCAUCUUGUUUGGAGCAGUGGCAUCGCCCUGGUACCAGAUCACGAGCGCCUCUCAGCUGGACAGCAGCAAGACCGAUCUCACGCUCGAGAGGCUGGCGCUUGUGUUUGUUCUGUGCUCUGGGGCUUUGUUAUGCCUCUACUACCUGGGAGUGGAAGAUAACAGCGAUCAAGUGUCUAGCUUUCUAUAAUCAAAUACCUUUAUUCUUCCACAAUUCU